AUGGCGCAGUGGGGAGCGCGAAGGCCGCGAUCGACGCCAUCAGCCGGCGGCGGCGGCGGCGGGCGCGUCGCGCACGCUCGCGACGCGAAGGUCGUCACGCUCGUGGACGACUACGAGGAUCGCAAGACCGGAGCCGUCGGAUUGACGCGCGAUCAGCGCGUCUCGCUCGAGUUCAAGCCGUUCGAUAGCCAGACCUAUCUGCAUCUCCGCAAUAGGCGCAUGGCGGUUCUCUCCAAGGCCGCGAUUCACGGCGCCGGCCUCGGUAGCGUCGGGAGUGUCGCCUCUCGGAGCUAUAGCGAGGACGACUGGGAAGACUAUGAUCCCGAAAACGAAUAUGCGUAUAACGAGUACGGCGAUAGUGAGGGCAGCGGCGAGGACUCUCCGAGGCGAGGCGGCGCGAGGCGGCCGCGCGAGCCGGAGCUGUACGACGCGAUUCGGCAUCCCCUGAGCGAAGCCCUCGACGCGGUUCGCGAGAAGCUCGAGCGCCGCGCGCUGAUGGUCGGCGGAGGCGGAGGCGGAGGCACGGGAGGGGGAGGGCGCGCGCAGGGGGGAGUGGAGCGGGUGAAGCUUCUGGUGCGGCUGGGGAAGCUUCUCUUCUCCGUGCAGGGCAGGCCGGAUCUCAGCGCAACCCUGACCAACAUCCCGCCCUUCUCAGCCAAGACAUUCGAGGACCACAUGAACGAGCAUGCACCGUUUGCGAAGCUGGUAUACCGAACCUAUGAGAGCCACCUCCCGGAGAGUGCAUAUCAGCAGGUGGAGGACAUGCUGCUGGGGGAUGGCCAGGUGGCGCACUCGCUGGGGGAGAAAUACAACAUUCAGCAGGUGGAGGACAUGCUGCUGGGGGAUGGCCAGGUGGCGCACUCGCUGGGGGAGAAAUACAACAUUCAGGUGGUGGACACGAGGGAGCACAUCGUGUACAAGGCAGUCUGUAGGCACAGCCCUCAGGAGCAGCGCUUGACCGUGAAAAAGGUGAAGAAGCCACCUGUGCGCCAUGCACUGUUUGACAUUGCACGCCCUGACAAAGUCGUGGACGCGCGCUUGAUCCUCGUCACCGAGACGCACUUGACGACACUGGAUCUCCUUCUACCCCCCCCUAACCCGCCCUCCCUUCCCUCCUUCCACUCUCAGGAUGAGCUAGAAGUGGCGCUAGAGAGCAUUCUUGAGGCCACGAAGAUCAAUCCCCAGAGCCCAGCAGGACUGCGCAUCCCAUCUCACAUGACAGAAGCCCAUGGAAGCUCUGAUACCACCAGUAGGCGCGAUGCUGGUGGUGGUGGUAGCAGGGACUAUGGUGGCACGACUAGCAGGGGCUAUAGUGGUGGUGCGACCAGUGGGAGAUCUGCUGGUGCUGGGAGCAGCAACAGGUUUGUGGUGCGAGCGGUGCGGCACGCCACGACGAGGCGGGCAGAGGGGAGAGGGCGGGUGUGGAAGCUGUCCCGUGUGGAUGGGGUUGAGUUCAAGGAGGGGGGUGGGCGGCAGACCAAUGAAAUCGAGUUCUGCCCGGUUGCAUGGCAGCAGGAGCUUAAGGGUGGCCCCGAUGGGCAUGCCAGCCCCAGGGGGCAGCAGCAGCCCCCCACGUGGACCACAGAGGAGAUCAUGGCGGAAUGCCCUGGAUUGUUGUCGUGGCUCAGCAAGAACCUUCCAUGA